CUGAAGUUUUUAUUCUUGCUUCGCUCUAAUUCCAUAUCGACAGUAGUCAGUUCGAGACCAUCGAUUCUGCGGCUGUUGCCACCAGCGGCGUUCGAGUGCCUGCCGAGAAAGACUGCAAUCCGGUUUUCUAGUGCGAGUGGCUGGUUGCUUUCCGGGAAGGACAUUUUCGGCAAUAUUUACCAUUUCGGGUGAUGGCCAGUUUCGCGAAAGUGCUUACCGUUUCGUGGUGACCGAUGCAGACAAAAAAUGGAUUACCAGCAAGUUUUUUUGUUCUUGUGAAAAAGUUAUGUGUGUGUGAAUAAUUCUGUCUAGUUUUUCGUCCCUGUUUCCUCCCAUCAAUCAGUUCCCGCAGUGCUGUGGACUGUGUUCAAAGUAGUUGCAAUCUCUUAAAAAAGGUGCUGGGAAAAGAAAAAAAUAUCAAUCAAUAACGGUGUACAGGGAAAGAAAAGUGGCAAAUUUGAGUUGCUUUACUUGAAGCGCAAAGUGGAAUGCAGCAGUGCUACUUUCUGUGGCAGAACGACAAAAAGUAGGUGGGUCUGGUGUUCCGAAGGAGGAGCUGCUGUUCGGACGAAGGGAACGAACUUCACAUUCCAACAUUGAAUGCAGUAGGAGAAGCAAGCACUAUGUCCAGCGCCGGAACACGUAACGGAGUAAAGGAGGCCAACGCCAGCGGGCCCCGGGUGGUUACGAUUCACAAAACCGAAACGGGCUUCGGAUUUAAUGUCCGCGGUCAGGUCAGCGAGGGUGGCCAACUGCGGUCAAUCAACGGAGAACUGUAUGCCCCACUGCAGCAUGUAAGCGCCGUGCUGGACAACGGAGCAGCCGAACUGGCCGGCAUCAAGAAGGGCGACCGGAUUCUGGAAGUAAAUCAUGUCAACGUCGAAGGUGCUACACACAAACAGGUGGUCGAUCUUAUCAAAUCCGGUGGAGAUACACUCACUCUAACGGUUAUAUCUGUAACGCAACAGGAAGCAGAACGACUAGAACCCACAGAAGAUCCCGGUGGAUACUCGUACAUCGAUUACUCCGAAAAACGCAGUCUCCCGAUCAGCAUUCCCGACUACAAUAUAAUCCAUCGGGGAAAUGAGCGUUACGUGGUGUUCAACAUCCACAUGGCGGGCCGACAGCUGUGCUCUCGGCGAUACCGCGAGUUUUCCAUCUUGCAUCAAUUUCUGAAAAAGGAAUUUACCGGAUUUAAUUUUCCUAAGCUGCCCGGCAAGUGGCCUUUUCAGUUGAGCGAGCAGCAGCUCGAUGCUCGCCGGCGAGGGCUCGAACAGUACCUGGAGAAGGUGUGCGCCGUGCGGGUCAUCGCUGAGCACGAUGCGGUACAGGAAUUUCUCACCGACUCGGAGGACGAUAUCGCGGCUUCGCCGGUCGACAUUAAGAUCAUGCUGUCGGACCACAGCGUCGUGACGGUUUCGGUCCGCAAGUCGGCCAACGCUCAGCUGGUUUGGGAACAAUUAGUACAACGAGCGAGUUUGACCUCUUACACACAGCAAUACUUUUAUCUGUUUGAAAUCGUUGAGUAUAACUUCGAACGGAAACUGCAGCCGCACGAGAUUCCCCAUCAGCUGUACGUGCAGAACUACAGUACCGCGUCGAGCACAUGCCUGUGCGUGCGCCGAUGGCUCUUCUCGAUCGAGCGGGAAAUGACGCUCCCGACGGGAGAACAAGCUGCCAAGUACAUUUUUUAUCAGGCCGUUGACGAGGUAAACCGGGGCAAUAUCCGCGCCGAUGGACGACUGUACGAGCUGAAGGCUCUGCAGGAUUCGAAGAAAGCGGACGAGUAUCUCUCGCUGGCGAGAACACUGCCCGGCUACGGUGACAUCGUGUUUCCGCACUGCGCCUGCGACAGCCGCAAGGAGGGUCACGUCGUGCCGGCUGUCGGGAUGAAAAGUUUCCGACUGCACGCGUGCCGCGAAGACGGUGCCCUGGAGGCACAAACCGUCGAACUGCAGUGGGCAACCAUUUCGCGCUGGGAGAGCGACGAGGAAUCGAUGGCAUUCUGCUUCCAGUACAGUAGAUCUGACAAGCCGCCGCGGUGGGUGAAGGUGUUCACCCCGUAUCAUGCAUUUUUGGCCGAUUGUUUCGACAGAAUAAUGGAAGAACGUUCCUGGGACGACACCGGAGAGUAAGCUGCUCGAACUGAAAACCUGCCGUUUCUUCGCUUUUGCAUUGCCGCAGUCAGUGGAGCGCAGGUAGGAUAGCAAUUAGACAAAUUUAAUCUCCCAACAUAAUUUAUUCGCAACACUGGCAAAAUGAGUUCGUUAGCAGCGAUUAACCACCCUAUGUCCGGAAGCAUUAGGCAGUAUUUGUUAGGCUGAAAGCUAAUUUUUUUUUCUUUUGGACGUCGUAUACUUUUUGAUAGCAACAUUUCGUGACAGCGUAUUUUCGUUACACACAUAUAUCCAGCCGACGCAGUACCUUUUUCAUAGUAUUACACACAUUCAGAAAAAAUAUGCUGAACAUCUGCCUUUGGUAUGAGACCGUUAGGUGGACCUAAAACAGUCUGGAAAGGAAGUAUACGCUCUCUUUUGUUGCGCUCAUAGUAUUUUUUUGUGAUUUCUUGAAUUAUCAAAGCAUUGUAAUUAUCUUUUUAUGAUUAACAUUAUGAAUAUAACCACUACAGAGAAAUGAAUAAAAUAAAAUGUUUGAAAAUAUUGUUCACGGUUCUGCAAUAAAAAAUUGGUAAUGGACUAUUUCGAAACGAAAAAAUGUGAUGCAGCUGCAUCUUUCAAUUUUUUUACUGACGUCUUAGGGGCCUAACAGCUCUCGAAAAAAUUGAAUCUGCCUUUGGAAAUUUGUCAUAAUCCUAUGACAUCAGUCGUAUCUUGGACACUGAGUAAAACAACACCGUGUUUAUAAUAAAAUCAAGCUAUUGCUUAAGAACUCUUUAAAUGCAGUAAUCACUCACACACACACUGAUUAGUUAUUCGCAAAAAAUAUGUUAAAAAAAUAUGUAUUUGCGUCCUAAAGAAGAAAGUAUAUAUGUGAUUUAAUUAAUCAAACAAAAAUGUAUCCGCUUAACAAUAUUUUAAAUAUAAUUCAUGUGAUUAUUAGCUCACGUAAGAUAAACAUAGACUUAAGUUUCCCCUGCCGGAGUAAACUCUUUCCGUUCAGUUAUGUAUGGUACUUACUUAUUCGGAUCGUUGGUAGAAGAUUUUUAUUUCAUUGCAUUUAUUGGCGCUCAAAAUGAUUUGAUAUAAAUAGACAAUGUACGCAAAUCAGUUUCAAGAAUAAUUAGUACCUUCCCUACUCCAUCGCCGUUUUUCUCGAUGUUUGUAACAGUAGGUAGUAGGUUGCAAGAUGGCAAGACCAAUCCAAUUGAAAUUGUAGCUAAUGAUGUAGUCUGGCACUGAUUAACGCAUUUAGUUGACAUCCAGAAAACACUUCUCGGUGGGAAGGCGCUACUGUUAUUCUUGGUUACAAUUGUCUUAACGGAGAACGGUUGUUACACUAUUAUAAAACUUCGAACAUUUCGUUCAAAUUUGCCUGAAUACAUUCCUUCGAAGUUGGAAACUAUUCGACGAUUUUUAGACCGUAAUAACGUUGCCUCGCUGUACGCCUAGCGUACAAGUUGCGCACCAGUUUUUGCAAACGUUUGUUGAUACGGUUAUCUGCAAAAAAAAGUUGAUUUCUGUUUUGAUGAAACAUUUUACGUAUAUGUUUGUGUCUGACAACAACACAAGUUAGAGUUACAAAAAUGGUAGUUUUCGAUGUAAUAGUGUCUAAAUCAAGCAAAUAUUCAGAAAAUACAACAAGAACCCGAUUUCAUACAAUUUAUUUGAAAGAAAAUAAAAACUAGUCUAUCAGACACGUAUCCUGCAGCAUCAUUUCCGAUUCAAUAGAUGUAAAUUUUCUGGUACCAGAUUCGUGCGAUCUAUGCAGAAUAAAAAAAAUGUUUUGUAAAUAUUCGUCCUAAAACACACACUUAUAAUUAUCUGCAUUGAAAAGAUAUUAAGCCUCUAUACUUAAGGAACGGAUUUCAAUUAAAACAAACGGAAACACCCUGUUAUCAUAUACUAUUAUAUCAAAACCACUCUUCACAAAUCCAGAGCAAAAAGCUUGCAACAGAUAGUUGAUAUAAUGCAAUGUGUUAAUGUGGAAUAUCCCAGAAGAUCUAUGAAAAUUUAGAAUAAAGUUUAUGCAUCCGGUUGAUAUCAAUACAGAGUAGUUUACAUUAUACCUAGAAGCUCGAACAACACAAAAUGAACAACCAAACGCAUAUAUAAAUGAAUUCUAUAAAGCAGAAUAAGUAGUUAACCAACAGCAGUUGAAUCGCAAACCCGAAGUGAAAUUUGUAGAGACACAAACGUUGGAAAUAGAAUCACACACACACACACACACACUAUUCAGUAACGAUCCUACACCACUCAUCUCUGAUUUGUAGGCCACUGACCAUAAUCGUAAAAUUGAACAAACAAAAUAUCAUCAUUAUAACGUACUAGUAAUGAAACCGGUCGACUGCAGUUG